CCGGGGCUCCCUCUCUGCGACGCCAUUGGCCGCGCCCGCCCUCACCCGGUAGUAGUUGCAGAGGUCAGCCCCCCCCUUCCUCUUUCUCUGCGAGCGAGCGGCGGCUCUGGUGGUUUGUGCAGCGAUGGCCAAGAUUAAGGCUCGAGACCUUCGCGGAAAGAAGAAGGAGGAGCUGCUGAAACAGCUGGACGACCUGAAGGUGGAACUGUCGCAGCUACGCGUCGCCAAAGUGACUGGUGGCGCAGCUUCCAAGCUCUCCAAGAUCCGAGUUGUUCGUAAAUCCAUCGCCCGUGUUCUCACCGUCAUUAACCAGACUCAGAAAGAGAACCUCAGGAAAUUCUACAAGGGCAAGAAGUACAAGCCCUUGGAUCUUCGGCCCAAGAAAACACGUGCCAUGCGCCGCCGGCUCAACAAGCACGAAGAGAACCUGAAGACCAAGAAGCUGCAGCGGAAGGAGCGGCUGUACCCACUGCGGAAGUAUGCGGUCAAGGCCUGAGCGUCACAGCAUCAAUAAAGCACAAACUGGCUGACACUG